AUGGAAACCAAAGUCCGAGAGGAGAUUCAGUUUGAGACCGAUGAAUGGGCCCCAGUGGUGGCAAUCUCUGGCAGUUUGGGGUUCCUUCUCUCUGUCUACCUACGGACACCAACAUCCUUAUUUCACACAUGUACCAGUACGCCUGGGAAACUGUGGGAUGCCAGCAUUGCAGUUGAUCCAGACUGCAGUGCGCACGACUUUCUCGGGAGCAUCGAGAAAGGCUAUCAGCACAAAACCGCAUGUCUGAUCGCAUUGCAAACCUUCUGUUUGCGUACAGACAGCUCCAAGAACUGGGGAACUUCCAUUGAGAAGGCUUCCGAUUCACAAAGUUCUGCUAUCCCACGUGAGAUCCGCUGCACGGUGAGAGAAUCACAAGCAUCGCGUUCGCUGGAACUGGAGAUCAGCGGAGAGAGCUCUCCCGCUAAUACAAGACAAUUGCUGGCUGCGACGACUGACGGGCAGGCACUGCGGGACAUAGACUUGAUCUGUGAUCUGGACCAGCGAGACCUGCAGCGAUGGAAUCAGCACCCACCUUCGACUGUAGUAUCUACAGUCCACGAAGUAUUCGGACAGAGAGUGCUUGAGAGCCCAGGGUCACAGGCUGUGGAUUCUUGGGAUGGCAGGCUUACAUACGUGGAGCUUGACUCCCUGUCCUCGCAUCUAUCCUUACUAUUGCUUGAGGCGGGAGUCCGUUCGGGGGAUUGCAUCCCUCUUUGUUUCGAAAAAACGCUCUGGACCGUCGUGGCGAUGCUAGGCGUCCUGAAGAGUGGGUGUUCCUUCCUGCUCAUGGAUGUCUCACACCCCACCAGUCGACUACAGACACUAUCGAACGAAGUCAAGGCCGCCGUUGUACUUAGCUCAUCUGCUCAAAAAGACAGAGCAACUAAUCUGGCACCCCGAGUUAUUGAGGUAUCCGAUUUAUCAUUGCAGCCUCGUGCAGGAAACGAGCGUCAUCAGAAUGAAGUCAGUCCCUCCAUUGUUGCAGUUGUCGUCUUUACUUCGGGAUCUACGGGCACGCCAAAAGGGAUUCAAAUCGAACACCAGUCAAUUUGUUCCAGUCUGUUGGCUUUGGCCAAGCUCUCCGGAAUAAGUAGUCGAACUCGAUGGUUCCAAUUUUCGUCUUACGCAUUCGAUGCCGCGUACGGAGAGAUGCUCAUGACGUUGCUCAGCGGCGGCUGCGUCUGCAUUCCUUCUGAUGCAGAUCGUCUGAAUAACCUAGCAGAGUCAAUAUGCGCCCUCGAUGCUAACACGGCUUUGCUCACACCUACUGUUGUGCGAUUACUGUCACCGUCAGACGUCCCGUGCCUGACAACACUGCUUUCUGGCGGAGAGCGGGUAACGCAAGAUAUCGUGGGGUUGUGGGGGCGUACAGUUGAGUUAAUUGUUGCCUACGGGCCUGCGGAAAUCACAGUGGCAUGCGUGGCCAAGAAAGCCCUCCCUGCGGUCGAUGAUGCUAUAAGAAUCGGGCUUCCUGUGAACUGCCGUAUUUGGAUUACGCUCCUGGAUAACCCGAAUAAGCUUGCUCCUAUAGGAGCUAUAGGGGAACUAGUAGUGGAAGGCCCGGGAGUUGCACGGAAUUACAUCAACAAUCAAUCGGACAGUAAAGAGUUGUUCCUUGAUGCCCCACCGUGGGCAAAGGACUGGGAUUCGAGUUUGACCUCAAUGGGGCGAUGCUAUCGAACUGGUGACAUGGCUCAACUCACCGCCGAUGGUGAAAUUAUUUUCGUAGGUCGACGUGACCGCCAAAUCAAACUUCAUGGCCAACGGAUAGAGCUGGAAGACAUCGAGACCCGGCUUCAACGGCACACUCGACUCCCUGGGGCGCAUAUAGUCCUUGAAGUGCUUGAUAUACACGGCAAUAACAACCUGGUAGCUUUUCUUCAUGUCCCCACUGUCCAGGGCCCACCCGAACGAGAUCCUAAUGGUGACACAGCAGACAUGGCCGAAAAGAUGGCGCUAGAGGUCGAAGGACUUCGUGCACGCAUCUCAGAAGAGCUUCCCUCCUACAUGUGGCCCGUUGUAUGGAUACCCCUGAAGGAACUCCCCCUGACUCCCUCAGGUAAACUUGACCGCCGCAUGCUCCUACGCCUUGGGAAGGACUAUUAUUCCAAUCUGCGAAUAGGUGAUGUGGACGAGGAUAGCCUGUCGCCUAUCGAAUUGGUACUGGCCAGGAUCUGGAGACAGAUUCUUCAAUUUGCUACUCAGAGUCUCACGCCAGACGCGCACUUUUUCCGACUUGGCGGGGACUCACUGCGGUCUAUGAAACUGGUAACAUUGGCCAACAAGGAAGGUUAUCAUUUGACCAUGGAAAGGGUGUUUAGGAAUCCUACAAUAUCUGGAAUGGCCGCGGCGAUGCAGGAAGUGCCUCCUCCUGCUGCGGAUGAUGAAUCCUACCUAGGCGUCAUCCCCGCCUCGUUCAUGCCUACACAAGACGAUCUAUCUGAGUUCCAGUCCCUGUUAGAUGAAUACGGCAUUAAUCAUGAGGAGGUCGUGGGUAUUUUCCCUUGCACGGCUCUCCAAGCAGGGUUGUUUUCGCUUUCGCUGGCGCUGCCGUCCUUGUAUUCGAGCCAGUUUGUAUUCAAUUUCUCGGCUGCUGUGGAUGUCCAAAAGUUCAAAGCCGCAUGGGAGAGUGCGAUUGCUACCUUCCCAAUCCUGAGGACAGCAAUCGUGCCAUCUUCUACCAGCCUCGUGCAGGUGAUUCUACGCCAUCAAGCGGAGUGGAUUGAGGUCAGGCAAGAUCUUACAUCAUUUCUGGCUGCAGACAAAGCUGUCUCUUUUCAGCCUGGUCAGCCUCUCAAUAGGCAUUACCACGUCCAGGACCCGUCAUCCGGUCAGUCUCAUUUUGUUUGGACGCUUCAUCACGCAGUAUUUGACGGUUGGAGCUUGGGUUCCGUGGUCGAUCAUAUUCGCCAUAAUUAUUAUUCCUACACAGAGAACGUGAAGGCAACAGGGAGCUUCCAAGAAUUUGUGCAGUUUUGCGAGGGUUUGAACCGAGAUGAAUGUAGUUCCUUCUGGAGAGAACAGCUCAAGAAUGCUCCAACACCGUCAUUUCCAAAUUUCCCAAAGGCCGGGCACCUGGCAGCAGACAGAUGUUGCUUGCAGCACACCAUGGCGGCUCCAAUAGUAGCCACCACAACUAUGACGAUCCUGGCCAGAGCAUCAUGGGCUCUACUCCUUUCAGAAUACGAGGGUUCAGAUGACGUGACAUUCGGAAACUCCCUUCACGGACGCAAUUCCCUGCCCCCUAAACUGCAGGAUGUUGUUGGGCCCACCAUCACAACUUUGCCAAUUAGGGUGAGAAUUGACCUCAAUCAAACCGUUCUCGGCUUCUUAGAAGAUCUCCAAGAACAGCUUUCAACCAUGAUAUCUUAUGAACAGUUUGGCUUCUCUCAAAUCCUAGGCAUAAAUCAAGAUGUCCAGAAUGCCGCCUCGUUCCGUACCCUCUUGAUUGUCCAAGUCGCGGAUGGCUCAGAGGACCAAGAUAUCAGGCUCAAUGAAGUCGAGAGAUCCCUACACGAAUACCCUUUGGUACUUACACUUAUGCCCAGAAAGUCUCAGAUCGAGAUAGUUGCCACAUUCGACAGCGAUGUAAUUUCGCCGCCGCAGGUCCAAAGAAUUCUGGAACAAUUUGAGCAGAUAUUCCAAGAACUUAAUACAGUGCCUAGAGACACUAAAAUUGGCGAGCUGGACCUCACAAGCAAAGCUGACAAGUCGGCCAUGUUUGGGUGGAACUUUAGGCAUCACAAAGCUUACGAGAUUUGCGUUCAUGAGUUGAUCCGAGAGCGAGCAAAGCACUCCCGAGCUUCGCCGGCAAUCUAUUCUAGAGAUGGCAUGAUGGAUUACGCAACCUUAGAUAGGCUUUCUGAUGGCGUAGCGGGAGAGAUGAUCCGAUCCGGUGUGAAACCAGGCAACACUGUGGGUGUUCUUUUCGAGAAGUCACAGUGGGCGAUAGUGAGUAUCUUGGCCGUCAUCAAAGCAGGCGCAUCCUUCGCGCCACUGUCACCGACGUAUCCGCUAGCACGUCUGGAAGGUAUUGCCAGUGAUGCCGGUAUCAAAAUCGUCCUCUGCUCUUCACUGCAACAGAGAGCCUUUCACAAUCCACCAUGGCGGACUAUUGCUGUUUCUGGCGACACAGCUUACCUUUUCACACCUGCUGCUCAGGUCCAUGUCAAGGCUGUAACUCCGGACAGCCUGCUUUACAUUCUUUCAACAUCAGGAACUACAGGGAACCCCAAAAUCUUUGGAGUACGACACAAGAGCUUUGCCACUGGCGCAAUGGCUCGUGCGCCUUUGCUCCAACGUGGGCCUGAAUCUCGCGUGUUGCAAUUCGCACCAUACGCCUUCGACCCGAGCAUCGAGGAUAUAUUGACCACCCUCAUGUUCGGAGGCUGUAUCUGUGUAGCAUCAGACGAGGAUAUCACGGGUGACAUCAGUGCUUUUAUGAAAACCGCACGAGUCAACUUUGCCAACAUCACCCCAUCCGUGGCCUAUACACUGAAGCAGGACGAAUUGCCGGAUCUCAAGAUACUGCUGCUCUCAGGAGAGGCUCCGGACCAGCCUCUAGUGGACAAAUGGGAUGGCAUCGUACAACUCAUGAAUGGAUACGGGCCGAGCGAGUGUUCCGUCAAGUGCGCUAUCAACUGCAACUUGUCACGUAACGACCCUAAGAAUAUUGGCUACAGUGCUGGAACCAGCCUAUGGGUUGUGAGGCCCGAGAAUCAUAAUCGUCUCACUCCUCUUGGGGCAGUGGGGGAACUUGUCAUCGAGAGUCCACAUCUAGCAACCGGUUAUCUGAACCGCCCCAAAGCUAAUGAAGACAAGUUCAUUCUCAGUCCACCGUGGUUGCAAGACUUCCGGGACGGCCAAACAACGCGGAUAUACAAGACGGGCGAUCUUGUCAAGUACAUUGAAGAUGGCAGCAUCGUGUACAUUGGGCGUGGGGAUAUGCAAUUGAAGCUACAUGGCCAGCGGCUUGAGGGUGAGGAGGUGCGGCAACGUAUCCAGGAAUCCCUCUACGAUGCGCAACUUCAAGUGAUUGUCGAUAUCGCAAGAUUUGAGGGUCAGGAUUCCGACAUUCUCGUCGCUUACCUGGCGGAGAAAAGAGAGUAUCAGGGAGGUGAAAUUGAAAUCGACCGCGUACGACAGCAGCACCUAGCGGGUAUGAAGGAACACAUGAUUCGCCAAAUCAGCACCACUCUGCCGAAAUAUAUGAUACCCUCCGUAUUCUUGGCAGUGACGAGUAUCCCUCUUACAGCGAAUGGCAAGACGGACCGCCGUGCGCUUAAAGCUUUCACUGCGCGACAGCGCCUUGGGCCUCACCUGAUUCUUUCUGGACAAAGCUCAGUCCGGCCACCUGCUUCGGAAACAGAAAAUGUGUUGCAUAAUUUGUGGCAAAAGCUUCUUGGAUUGAACGGUGAGCAGUUCGGGGCCAAUUCCCACUUCUUCGAGCUUGGUGGCAAUUCGUUGGCGGCAAUCAAGCUGGCGUCUGCGGCCCGGACCCUCGGUCACAAUCUCACGGCACAAAUGAUAUUCAAAAAUCCAGUCUUAUCGUCAAUGGCUGCUCAGGUGGUACCCCUGAAGGAGUUCAAAACAUCAGGGCCACCCAGUUUCGGCUUACUGGGCAAAAUUGAUCGCAGUGUCUACCAACUGAGGAAGAGCCUUGAGGCUCACGAUAUCGAGGAACAAGACGUCGAAGAUGCAUAUCCCACCACAAGACAGCAGCAACGCUACAUGGAAGGAGAGAUGAUCUCGCCAGGAGGUACUACUCACCGGCACAUAAUGCAACUACCGGUCAACAUUGACCUGGUCAGACUUGAGACUGCUUUGCGGCGUGUUAUCAAGGCAAACGCACUUCUGCGGACUCGAAUCAUCUCAGUAUCAUCACAAUUAGUCCAGGUGGUACUGAAAGAAGACUUUGCUUGUCGCCACGUUGAGGCCCUAUCGUCGCUCGUUUCCGAGGAUCGAAGGGUAUCGUGGGGUCUCGGACAACAGCUAUCACGAUUCAGCAUUGUGCAUGGCAAAGAUACUCAGGAUCAAUGGCUGGUCUGGUCAAGCGCCCACGUUGUGUUUGAUGGCUGGAGUCGAAAGUUGCUGUUGGAAGAGAUCGACUACGUGUAUAACCACAAUGAUAAGCCUCCGGAACGACCGCAGUACAACAGGUUCAUCGAGUACGUCUACGAAUUGGAAAAGGACGAAGCUGGUUCCGCGCUUGUCAGGGAACUGGAGACGACAAAAUUCUGGAGUUACUUCACCUUGGACGGCACAAAGGUCCCAGGUAGCACUCGGGUUUUGUCCCUCGCUGUCGACUGGCCGGGAACUCUCCCAUCCGAACUAUCCUACUCAACCGUACUGCUCACAGCUUGGGCAAUAGCUGCAGCACACGUCGAAGAAUAUGACCAUUUCCUGUUCAAUGUUCUCUUGGGUGGUAGAGAUGCCGCGUUCACGGGAAUAGACAAGCUCAUGGGGCCUGUAAGCACUACAGCCCCCUUGGCCAACAGGAUCGACCGUGACUCGACUUUCCGGAAGAACGUGGAAUUAAUGCAGAAGCGAAUAGACGAAGCUACGAGUAUACAGCACUUGGUCCGACUCGGCGAUAAGAUGCAUCGGUUGCUCGCAUCUGCCCCCACCGUCGUCGUCCAUCCUGCCGAUGAUUACGAGGAAGCAGCAACGAAACACCUCGGAAUGUUCAGAAGCCGCGUUGAACCGGUCCAGCGGUUCGUGGACGCCAUGUUCAUGAACUUUUGCCUCCGGUCUGGUAAUGCUGGGGUAGAUCUUAUCAUGGCGAUUGACCCCAGCUUUUUCCCGGAGGAUAAGGCGGUUCGAUACCUCGGCUGCCUAGAACAAAUAUUCAAGCGCGUCUUUACUCCAGGGGGUCUGGGUCUAACCAUUGGGGAGAUGGACUUGGGUUCUAGUAUACUUACGACAUCUGUAACGAUAAGGCAACGUAAUUAA